AUGGAAAUUUCGUUGAAAUUGAUAAUUUAUAUGAUUUUUUAUGUCAUUAUUAUAUUUUCGCGAAAUUUCGUAACACCUAGUACUAAUAUAUCAUUAUUCAACGACAUUAUGAACGAAAUAAUCAAUGAUUGCUAUAAAAAUCUCGAAAACAUAUUCAUUUUUGAGCAUUUGGACACUCAAAUGAAACCAUCCGGCCCAAUAAUGGAAAUGGAAAGUGUCAAGUAUAUAAGGAAUAAAUUGACAAAAAAAGCACAUUCAAUUCCGACGACAAAAAUAGAUGCCUAUUUUAUCCUCACUAAUACUUCUUCGAUUUUUAAUCAAACUUUCAAUAUGUUGGGAAAAAUGAAAAUCUGGAAGAAUAAUCGUCCAAUAUUCAUUUUCGCUAUUUACGACGAUAAUAACCACACUUCUUUAUUUAAUCAUUUUUGGAACGACUGGUCCAUAUUAAUUUUUUAUUAUAUUUAUGUGGAUUCAGAAGGACAAGUGAGUGUAUUGACUAGUAAUCCGUACAAACCGUACGCACCAGAAUACUGGCGACAUAUAAAUACCAGUACAGAGAUAUCUGUAUUUCAUCGCAAAUAUUUUAAAGGAGAAAUAUGCCAAGGAUUUGUGUUUGAUCGAACUCACAAUCUAACAAACGUAACGCUACUUUUUGUAAGUGUGACUACGUCCAAGGCUGAUUUCUAUUUUCCGCUAUGGAACUUGUUUUGUGAUGGACACUGGCCAGAAACAUUAUCUAUCUUUGAAACAGCUUUCAACACACAAACCCGUCUCUAUUGCGUGUCUACGUCAGCUAGAUAUCUGGAACAAGCAUUAGAAGUUAGAAAAUAUAAACCAGAUCUUUUUUUUUUCACCACCAGCCACGAAUCCUUUGAAUUGUCUUAUCCACCAAUAUUCAUUGCGAAUAUUAUUGUUUCACACAACCAAGGCUAUCAAACACUAUUCGAGCAAAUGUAUAAUUUAUUUGGUAAAUGGAUAGUUUUAUAUACAUGUUGCUUGUUGACAAUCACAUUCAUUGUCUGCUUUUACUUCGCGAAAACUGAUAGAACAGCAUUUGCGAUAUUCGAAGUUAUCAGACUUUUGAUAAGUUCAUCUAUCAGAACUAAUAUGAACACUUUGACAUUAAAAAUAUUUUUCCUAAUGAUUCUUUUCUACAUUGUGAUCAUACAAUCAUUGUUCCAAGGAAAAUUAGCAGGAUUUCUUACAAAUCCAUCGACCAAAAAAAAUGCUGAUACUUUGGAUGAUUUAGAAUCUCCGCUGUAUGGAACAAUCUUGUACGCAACUAACAAAAAAGCAUUGAUGGCAAAUGAAAAAGUAUCAAAUAAGUCUUAUAAGGUACUGACUUUAAACACAGCGCUGCGUAUUUUCAAAAACGAUAAAUCUACUGCUUUGGUGGACAUUGCUUUUAAUGUGGGUGCAUUUUUGAUCCGUUGUUUAGAUGAGGAUGUGUACGUUAGUAAAGAACCAUUUGCAGUUCGGCCAUUUUCAUAUAUGUUGCGUAAAGAAAACCCUUUGAAUGAGCGAAUAAAUAAAUUACUAAUCUUGCAUCAUGAAUUAGGAUUUACUGAUCAACGUGAAAAAUUUGUAACUAAAAACUUGCGGAAAGGUAUUGAUCGAUUAGAGUCAAUGUCAUUGAUUAAAGGUGUCAAUAGACCAAUCAAUAUAAAGUCUAUGAUGCCGCUAAUGAUCUUCUUGAUUUCAGGAUGGAUCACCGCGAUAAUAUGUUUCAUCGAAGAAUUUCCCAGAUAA